CCGUUCCUACCAGAGAACCAUCACAAAAUAGCAGGUGUCCGUAGAAUGCCACGCGACGAAAGUGCUCUUGAGCUGGAUCGGAACGGUAAAGAAUGAUAUAUCUGGGAAAUCAUGAAAGUUUUCCUAGCACAAGACUAUUUCCAUUUCAAGGGAAGUGUGAUUUUAGAUGAAUAAAAACAUAUCCACUGUUUGUUCCACCCGCAAUUAAGUGCUCUCUCUAUCACAUCUCUCGUUCACUCAUCUAUCAUCAAAAUCUCACGUGCUGACAGCAAACAGAGAUAAAAAGUAUUUAUUCUCUGGAUUUAAUUCAGACUUUGAUGGAUGAAAAGCUCUGUAUCUAAGGUGGGAACGUAAAAGAAGAAAACGAAUCAAAAUGAUAAAAAAACGACAUGGUUCGAACAGCAGUCGCCUCAAAGUGAAUUCGAGCGAUGGAAUUUUUGUUUUCUUCCCUUUCGAUUGAGUUUUUUCCCAGAAAGAGAAGUUAAUCUUGGUUUUAUAGCCAAUCGAUUUUAAUUUCCUUGGACAUUUAAUACCACCAGUUUGAAAUUCGGAAAUUUUUUUCUUAAUAAAAGAAGAUAGAAUAUUGUGAUUUAUGUGAAAUAGGUAGUGUACAACUGUGCCAUUCCUUCAUUUGUGGAUUUAAAAGUGAAACUGUCUUAUUGAUCGUUUUUUACACAUUAUCUACUCCCUCAACAUAAAACUGCAUAUCAACUGCAAGUCAUUCUCUCAAAAGUACGCCGUAUUUGUGACUGAUACAUACAACUAUUUAUCCUCUUUGCUGUGGCUUUUUUGGAGAAAAAAAAUGUGUGAAAGAAUUUUAUACAUUUAAUUGGCGAUAUUUGAUUUCGAUAAUCGAUCUUUUGAUACAGCGUGACGGAUACACGAUAAUGCCAAAUUUUAAUCAUUAGUGAAUAAGUCAUUGCGAAGUUGAACUGUCGAAAAUGGCUAUUUCCCCUACUGCCAAUGGUUCCGCCAAUAGACCAAUGACUCUUGCACCACCGUCUAUCGGCAGACCCAGGAAAUACAGUUUACCCGUUAUUUACCCUAGACCUUCUUUGUCCGUGUACGCAAAUGCCGCGGAAACCACGAAAGAAUCGUUGUCGCGACGCAGGAAGUUCAGUCAGGUUGGACAGGUGAUGGGACAUCGUCUGUCCACCACAAUAGGAUGGCGCAGUCCCAUUUCCCAACAUGAUGUCGUCAACCAAGCCAAAAGUUUGUGCGGGAGAUAUCUAAGAGCCAAGCUCAGGUCCUGUUCCGCUGUCCACAAGAAACUUGGUCUCCAAAGACUGAAGAGUGUUAGCAACUUAGCUUGUGGCUCAAACACAGCAGAGAUAGCCAACGAGCUUCGAUUGCUGACCAAUGAAUUGGAGAACCUACAUCCAAAGCUGUUCCAAAGCGUGGCGUCCAAUCUGGGCCUGCACAAUCUUCCUUCUGAAGCCAUGGUUCACAAUCUAUUCGCUGCCGUAGCUGAGGAGAUCUUCCGGGGCGACGUGACGUGGGGCCGUAUUGUGGCCCUUUUUGCAAUGACGGGGGCCCUCGCCAUGGACUGCGUGAAAAGUGGCCACCCGGAAUACGUGCUAGGGCUGGUCCAAAGAAUGGGCAUAUUUGUAGAAAAAGAUGUGGCUGCUUGGAUAUGCCAACAAGGUGGAUGGGCAACUCUUCUGACGAGAUUCAAGAAAGACACCAGCAAUUCCUAUGCAAAAGAGGCCAUAUGUUCUUUCUUCGUCGUAGUGAUUUUAAUGAUCAUCGUUUGGUGGAUUUUCCUAUAACCCUUUUUUCCUACCUUCAUCAUCCCGAUGUGUUUUUGUGUGAAUAAAGUUUAACUUAUUUCUCC